CCCGAACCAACCGGUGUAAACUGCCGUGGUGCCUUGUGGCCUUGCGGGCCGGUGUGCAGCAAAUAUCCAUUUAUUACGUAACGUUGAAAUUCUGAUUUUUGUUUUUCGAUUUUUAGUCCCAACCGUGCAGAACUGUAACGAGUUGCUUGGGAUAUCCUUUAUGAGGCCUUACAAUUCAAUACAGUAGGUGACCGCUUAGUUAAUGUUUUUUCACGGGAGGAUUGUUAAUUGGAGUGAUUCUCCAAACAAAUAAUACAACCAGAAUCUAAUGAGGAGCAGUUUAUCGCAAAUGCGCACCUUCUCCUUCAAACUUUGGGUAUUUUGUUUGCGUUCAAAAAGCUCAAGUCAACGCCAACGAGUACAAUACAGCCAGCGAAUCGUUACUCCUGCUAGCGAACGCACUGGAGUAUGUUUACAUCUCAGUAUGGUCACCUCACUGUACUCGUUCGUUCGAGACAAAUUUUCCCGUGCGUCUUUCCCGUUUUGGAUAAAGAACCAAUGGUUGAAAAUGGUCCCGACUUGGUGUGCAUUCUUGGUUCAGAUUUUCAGACUUUAUUUAACACCAGCGUCUGCUUGGUGUAAUCGUGCGGCUAGCUUACCAUGCCAUGUCUGAUUAGUGUUGGGUUUCAUGAAUCUUGCGUUGAGAUUCAUUCAUAUGAAUCUUCAUGCCGUGAGUGAUUCGAAUCUCGAAUCGAAUCUCUAAUGAUUUAUGAUGGAUCCCCAAGGAUUCAUGAAUCUAUAACAUCCAUGAACCCAUUAAGAUUCAUAAAUAUAUGGAACCUCUUAUACGAAAUACACGGUACCUCUUAUACGCGGAUUCGGAGAUAAGCGGUUUUCCAACAUUUGACAGUUCUUUGAGCAAUUAGCACCGAUUUGACACAGUUGUAAAAUGCCUAAUAAUUACGCUUUUGAUCGAAUGUUAAAAGCCAUUUCAAAUGGUUUUAAACUUUUAUAUUCAUUGCGAAUCAUAUAAACUAAUUAAUAAAGGGGCUAAAAGCUACCCGCUACUUGCAAAAUUAUACGAAAAUUAGUGAAAUUUCCGCUGAAAAUCACGAGCAUUCGGCUCAUGCGGAAAUUCGAGAUACGUCGCAUUUUGCGGGCGCUUUCGGUUCCUAUUAACCGUGUAUCUCGGGGACCGCUAAUGGCUAAUGUUGUUUUUAUCUUUUUAAAGCCCUCAAGAUGAUUAGCAAUGGCCAACAACCUUGGAUACAUGAAGUUUUGCCAUAGACGACCGUUCGGAUUGGUGGCAAUGACUGAUUUCGCCGCGGAUAGGUCUAUUUAUUGAGAAACGGUGUUGUUCACACUAACAAACAUUCCAACGUAGGGAAAAAUAUGUCAACUUCUAUUUUUUUUAAAUAGCGUAAUGUGUCAAUUUCGCUUUUCAUAAAAAAGUAGCAUUGUAUUUGAGUGUGAAUAGCUACCAAAAAGCAGCCUAGAAAAUUCUGAAGCGGCGAAAGAACUCCAUCGGAACCAAAGCCUCUCUAAACCAUACAAACAACAACAAUAGUGAAAUGCUGAUGCUCUUUUCAAUGCACGUUACGGCAUCAAUGGAAGCGCCCGAAUGUUUUCGAUCGGCCUGGGUUGUGUUCCUCCUGUCAGCUGGUUUGGUCGGCAAAAGGGUGUAGGGCGUGUAGGGCUAUAAAUUGAUACCAAAACAUUGCGUUAAACAACUGCUACGGACCUGUCAGACGUGUCACCGUCCGAGCAACCGAGCCCGGCUGUCAAGCCCCGGCUCUAUUGCAUCCGAUGACGAAAACGGUGUUUAUCGCAUCAGCAAACCGGAAAAUAAGGGCAAUUGCAUCUUGUUUUGCGGGAGUGAGCGUGCAUUGCGAAACUGGCCAGGUCUCUACUGGUUCCCAUUCGAUCAUCAGUUGUCCAGUGGCGGUGAGAAAAUAGCAGUGUUUUGUGGCAUUCCAUCAAUCAAACGAGUGAGAGAAAGUGACAUGAAUCAGUGGAUAAAGGAGGAGCUGUCGAAAUGUCUGCACUUCGACAUACCGGACGACCUGAUCGCCUACAUCCACACCAUUCAGAAUGCGCACGAGAUUGAUGGCUACUUCCGGACGCUGCUCGAUUACAACAAUCCACAGCAUACGGCCUUCAUCCGUGAGCUGAAGGUGCGGCUCGGCCACGACACACCCGACGGGCUGCCGGUGAUGAAGCCCCUCACCACCGGCAAAUCGGCCGGCAAGAGCAAACAACAACCAUCCGCCUCGUCCUCAAAGCAGCAGCAGCAGCAGCAGCAGCAAACGAAACCAUCCAAAGCGAACCCGCCAACGUCCGGUGCGUCCAGCUCGAAACCUACGCCUACGGCCCCGGAAGCUUCGGGUGGCGGCGGCGGCGGCAGUAAGAAGAAAACCAAGUACGUCAACCUGUACGGGCAGGACGGGGAGCUGGCGGACGUGGUGCUGCUCAAGGGGCGCCAUCACUGCGACUGCCAGGCGGGGAAGCACCGGCUGGUGAACAACUGUCUGCACUGCGGCCGGAUCGUGUGCGAGCAGGAGGGCAGCGGGCCGUGCCUGUUUUGCGGCAGCCUGGUCUGCACCGAGCACGAGCAGCGGCUGAUCGAGAGCGCGUCGCGCAAGGGCGACAGCCUGCGCCGCACGCUGAUGGAGCAGAACCGGCCGGCCGGCUGGGAGGAGGCGCUCGCCACCCGCAACCGGCUGCUGGAGUACGACCGGAACAGCGAGAAGCGCACGACGGUGAUCGACGACGAGGCGGACUACUUCAAGACGCACUCGGUGUGGCUGUCGGACGCGGAGCGCAAAAAGCUGGAGCAGCUGGAGGAGGAGCUGCGCGAGAAGCGGCACGCGAGCCGGCUCGCCCGGAAGGUGACGCUCGACUUUGCCGGCCGCCGGGUGUUGGACGAGGCGGCCCUGUCGACCGAGGACGUGGAGGAGAUACUGCGGCAGGCGUCUCUGGUCGAGGCGCCGGUCAGUGGGGGUGGGCGGGGCAAGGAGAACGUGCAACCGCCCGGGCAGCAUCCGACUGGUCCGGAUAGUGAGGACGUGCAUCCGACCCUCAGUGGUCCUGCACCGACGUUCGUGGACGUUAAUGCAGGCGCACCGGCAGCAGGGCGGCCGGCCAUCAGCACCACCGGGUACGAUGGCGUGUACAGCCGCGUGCAAGACAAAGAGUUCCUGCAGAUGUCAGACCUGCGCCACUGCCUGUCGAUGCACCAGCCGUGGGCGUCACUGCUCGUCGCCGGCAUCAAGCGGCACGAGGGCCGCACCUGGUACUCGUCGCACCGCGGCCGGCUCUGGAUCGCGGCGACGGCAAAACCGGCCGACCCGGAAACGAUCCGCGAGCUGGAGUGCUUCUACCGCACGCUGUACGGCGACGGGGCGGAACUCCAGUUCCCCACCCAGUAUCCGGCCGGCUGCCUGCUCGGCUGCGUCUCGGUGCAGGACUGUCUGCCGCAGGAGGAGUACCGGAAGCAGCACCCGAACGGCGAAUCGGACAGCCCGUUCGUGUUUGUGUGCGAGGAGCCGCAGGAGCUGCCGAUACGCUUUCCGGUCCGGGGGGACCACAAAAUCUACAUGCUGGAUUCGGGCAUACACCAGGCGGCGGUCAAAGCGUUGCAGCGGUUAGCGAAGCAAAACAAACAGCUGGCCGACUGAAGCACCCGUCCUACUCCAGUCGGAUACGAUUCGGCAUUGAUUGUGUAUAACAGGGAGAAUUGCUAAAUAAAACAUCGCAUCGCAAAUAA